GUGCAAUCAGUUUGGUUCUCUGGUUUUCAAAUUCUUUCUUUUGAGCGGUUUACUCAGGGGCCAGGCUUUUAUUUCAAGUCGGCGCUGAAGUCUGUGAGUUCGGAGGAGAUUCUUUUCUGUUUUGGGAGGUUAGGGGCCGGCAACAAGGUGAACUACCUGGCUUGUGUCCACGUGGGCCUCGGCAGUCUUGGGUCCGGACCUGGUGACCCAGAAAUAGAUUCUACCGCGUGCACAGAGUGCCUGAUUCUCGGGAAAUCCUGACUUCGUUUUGCUUGCUAGGGACCGUUAUUACCCCAGCGCUGUUUGCUCAUCUGUUCGGGCGAUCCCCGGAGGGUUGAAGAUGAAGUGCCUCCAGGAAAGAGCUGGGGCUGGAGCGCUCUGUGUGCCCUGUGGAAACCCCAGACUAUCUAGAGAGUGGUCUUGGAUUUGGCCAUUCCCCAGAGGAAGGUUACCAGGCUGAUGUGAUUAUGAAGACAGGUGCUCAUUUGACCCGGAUGUUCUGCAUUGCACACCUGUGCUGCUCCCCUGUCCCCUUCCUGUGGCACUCGAAAGCUCUUAUGGCAGAGGAAGUUAAAGCCUCCUUACCCCGCCAUCCUGUGAGUGUGCUGCCAGAAGAGAAUGGUGGACUCACUGGAGCUGGACUCACUGGGCUGCCUGAUGUGAGCGUUAGGAGCAGAGCUCAGAUCCUUUGUAGCCUAAGCUAACAGACCUUAAACUUGGUGUGUGGCCAAGAGUGAUUUCAUUAUUCCAUCCACUUGCUAUGAUGGCAAAUGCGUGCCGCACAUGGCCUUCAGGGAUGAUGCUAAGUAAUUUUGAUUUCAGCAUGGAUUCCUAGAUUAAAGCUGAAUUCAUUUAAUAACAGGAUUCUUCUUCUGGAGACUAUUACCAUGUCCUUGUACGAAGACAUGUUGCUUUGCAAUUAUCGAAAAUGUCGUCUCAAACUCUCUGGCUAUGCUUGGGUUACUGCCUGCUCUCACAUCUUCUGUGACGAGCACGGCAGUGGUGAGUUCAGUCGUUCACCAGCUCUCUGCCCUGCCUGCAACAGCACCCUUUCUGGAAAGCUAGACAUUGUCCGCACAGAGCUCAGUCCGUCAGAGGAGUAUAAAGCAAUGGUGCUGGCGGGGCUUCGGCCAGAGGUUGUGCUGGACAUCAGCUCCCGAGCAUUGGCCUUCUGGACAUACCAGGUGCACCAGGAACGUCUCUAUCAAGAAUAUAAUUUUAGCAAGGCUGAGGGCCAUCUGAAGCAGAUGGAAAAGAUAUAUACACAGCAAAUACAGAGCAAAGAUGUAGAAUUGACCUCUAUGAAAGGAGAGGUCACCUCCAUGAAGAAAGUUCUAGAAGAAUACAAGAAAAAGUUUAGUGAUAUCUCUGAAAAACUUAUGGAGCGCAAUCGCCAGUAUCAAAAGCUCCAAGGCCUUUAUGAUAGCCUUAGGCUACGAAAUAUCACUAUUGCUAGCCAAGAGGGUUCCCAGGAACAAGCUACGAUCACACAGUCCGGUGUCUUUGGCUUUCCAUUAGUGAACAGCUCAAAGUUUCCUCUGGACCGCACACCAGUUGAAAGCCGAGGUGGUGGAGACGAAGAUGUUCAAUUCAGACCAUUUUUUGUGGAUUCUCCUGCAGUCCUGGAACCCACUAACAGCUUCUUUAGUUUUGCUUCUCAGAACCAGGAAGCAGAGCAGCAGGUCUGCAGCAGGGCCUUUAAAGCCAAGAGAGUCUAGUCUAGCUCGGGUCACGUUCCAGUCAUCUCUGUUUGCAUACUGAGCUGGCGUGCUGUGGGUGUGUGCCUUCCGGUUUGGUUUCAUCCAUUUAUUCCGUGAACCUCAUCUCUAGUUUAUCACUGCUCACUCAGUCACAACCCUGCCUAUCAUAGAUCCCUAUCAGACCAAGCUUGUUUACGCUUCUGUGAGCGCCAGUGUUGUAUUUACAGAGUGCUUUGGAUUCUAGUACGCAUAUGUUAAGUGUGUGCAUUGAUUUUCUCUACCUGCCAGUAUAUUUAGGUAAAAUGAUGGUCUUGGAAAAUAGUGUCUUGCUCUUUGCUUGUGUUAUACACAGUCAUGUGUUUUCAUUGUAUUAGCUUGUUUUGGAGGUGUGUUUGUACCAGUGAAUGAAUGUGCAAUUUGAUACAUAUGUGUUCAGUUUCUAUUUAAAAAGAAUUUACCUUGAUAAAAGCUAUUUGCUGAUUUAAUUGGUAUUUGUUUUAAAAUAAAGCUGCU